UCCGAAUAGGUCUUUCUGUUGGAGUUGAGUUGCCUCUUUAUAGAAUAUUGAGGUGGAUAAGAAAUAUCGAAUUGAAGUAAGAUAAGAGGUUUCGACUGAUGGUAAACAUGUCGCUUGUCCAACAAAAACAACCAGUGGAAUUGAUUUUGCAACCAAGACGUUUGCUUUGUGCCUUCGUCAAAGUCAGUCUUUCGUUGCUGAUAUUCCUGAAUCUUCAAACUAUUGGAUAUUGUCUUGAUUUUUGCUUUCAAGGACCAAAUGAAGGUCGUCGUUUGAACAGCGAAGUGAUAGAAAAAGUCCACGCAGGAACGGGAGUAGAAUGCAUUUACUUUUGUGCCCGUGAUAACGAAGCGUGUAGAUCUACUAAUUUCAAAAAAUGCUCAAACUCAGAGAACAAUUGUGAAUUCCUCCGGGAUAUUGCUUCAGAAAUGCCCGAAAAAGAUUUUCAUCAUCACAAAGACUUUGAUUACUACGAACUGAAAAAUCCAAAUAGGACUAAGACUUGCACAGAGCCUGGUCAGAUAUACUCCUCAGCAUUAAAACAGUGCUAUUUAGUUUCAUCUUGCAAAGACUUGCUACUCAACAAACCGUCUUUGCCCGAUGGUGCUUACACCCUGCAGUUGAACAGUUCCUCGACACCAUAUAAGGCAUAUUGUCACAUGACAGAUAUCCCAGGUUGUGGAGCUGGAGGCUGGACACUAGUGUUGAAAGUGGAUGGAAAUAAGCCAAAUUUCUUCUAUAAAUCGUCUUUGUGGACAAACAAAGAAAGUUAUGCAGUUGAAGAUGGACUUGAAGGACUUACAGAGAAAGAAAGUAAACUGGCUUCUUACUGGAACACUCCUUUUAAGAAAAUAUGUCUUGGCAUGACCGUUAACGGCGACAGAAGAUGGAUGGUGAUCGAAUACAAAGCACAUUCGUUGUACAAUUUGAUCGCAGACGGACAGUAUCGAAACACAUCCGCUGAGAAAAGUAUUUGGAAGUCUUUGAUCGCGGACUCUUCCUUGCAAGAAAACUGCAACCUUCAGGGUUUUAAUAUUCUAAACGAAAUUUCUCCCUGGCACGGUCCGCAUUUCGACAUUAAAGCCCGAAUCGGGCUGAUCGCCAACAACCAAGACGACUGUAAAAGCCCCGACUCCUGGAUUGGUUUUGGUGUUAGCCACCACGGUUUUCACCAAAAAGUAAAUCUAGCCUGUGGUGAAUAUAAUAGGCGGCUUGAAAACAUUCUAGCAUUUGGAUACAUAUUAGUGCAGUGAAAAUGAUUCACGCAUUUCAGAUCCAUUACGUACCCUAAACAGUGACAUUAUAUUCAUAUAGAUGCCUUGGAAAAUAAUGUAGUAUCACUAGCAUGUUAAUUUCAGGUAUUCAGACAAUGUCAUCAGGAAUAAAGUCUUUGAGUUUAAUAACUUUGA